AUGGUUCGAAGCUUUCCGAAUAUCGUGAUCACGGGCACGCCCGGAACGGGCAAGUCGACGCACAGCUCUCUGCUCGCCUCCACCUACUCGCCCUCGGGCUCCUCAUCGCAUCCGCUACGCCAGAUCGACGUCGGAGCGGUGGUCAAGGCCGAAGGCUUCUACACGGAGUUUUUGGAAGAGUGGCAGAGCUACGAGGUGAACGAAGACCAGCUUUUGGAUCACCUCGAACCGCUUACCGGGACGAAAGCACCCGAGCCCACGGAAUCGGAAGACUACGACGAGAUGGAAACGAACCAAGCCAAGCAGCAGAGCGAAGAGGAUGAAGAGAGGGGCGGGUUGGUGCUGGACUGGCACACGUGCGAUGUGUGGCCCGAGAGAUGGGUCGACAUCGUCGUGGUGCUGCGCUGCGACCAUACGGUGCUCUGGGACCGACUCGAAAAGAGGGGUUAUCCACUCAACAAGAUCCAGGAGAACAAUCAGGCCGAGAUUAUGGGUGUGGUCGCCGACGACGCUCGCAACUCGUACCCGGCCGAGGCGGUGGUCGAACUCACAAGCCAGGAGUCGGGCGACGUAGAGGAAAACGUAGACCGAAUCAUCGCGUGGAUCAAUGCCUGGAGACAGGCGCGCGGCCUCGAGUAA